AACAGCCCGGCUGCACAGCCCUAGCAAAACAUUUCUUUUUUCAUACACGAGCAGGUAACGCAAUAACGCAAUCCGGUGAAACUCGAUUGGAUAUUUUCAAUUUAGCUCUUCGGGAAGCAAUAAUCGCGGAUCAAGACAGCUUUGGCACGAGACCAUGGCAAAGGUCGCGAACGCUGCAGCGCCAUCGGAUCUCCCAUCACAGGGAGAGCUAGAUUGGAUUCAAAUGCGCAGCGAUUUCUCGGGCAUUCAUGCAGAAACGACGAAGGAAAAGAUGGCUCGUAAGGUGAAGGAGAACCCGCUGGUGCCGAUCGGUUGCGCAGCGACGCUAACGGCGCUCGGCCUGGGACUCUGGAACUUCCGCAAGGGGCGGUCGCAAAUGUCCCAGUACAUGAUGCGCGCCCGAAUCUUAGCGCAAGGAUUCACGGUCAUCGCGCUAAUCGUGGGCGUCGGAAUGACCUACGGAAACAAAGAAGCACCCAAAAAGUAGAGAUGCUAUAGGGAAGAAUAUACAUAUAUUGCAAAUCUGUUAGG